AUGUCAAGGUAUACAGGGCAGCAGAAGGAAGCAGCAGAACUCGCUGUCUCUCUUCUCCGGUUGGGGCCCCUAAGCAAUAUCAAUGAGAGCAUAACAAAUGCAGCUGCUCUUUGUCCGGGUAUUGAUGAAUUGCUGAGGAGUCGAAGCCAGGGCCUCCCGCAGCUCCUUGUUGACCCCCUCGUUUGCAAGUACUUCAUCGCCUGCCCCUUCAACAAAACUGAAAACAGCUUCCGCAGUCCCUGGACAGGCAAUUGGCUGCCCCCUAUUGCAGAGUCUCUGAAGCCGGCCCCACAUCUGCGGCAGCUGGAGGAGCAAUUUAAUGCAGCGUACGACGCCUACAGAGAUGCGUAA